AAGCGAACAAGGUAUAUACAAAAUGUGGAAAAUAAAACAAUGUAGUGAUGUCUGAAGAAGACAUAUCUGUGAUCACACCCUCGGAAACUAAUGGGAUUUAUACAAAAUCAGUGAAAGUUGAUGAAACUAAAAAUAAGAAGAAAAAAUACACUAACAAAGAAGCGAAAGAUGACAAAAAAGCUAAGAAGACUCUGUUACGACGACUACCGAGCAUUCAGAGAGCGGUGAUACCAGCGUUCGGGAGGUUUCGCAAUAGUUUCCGAAGAUUGAGUUGUUUCUCCAAACAGGACGAAGACGAGUUACCGAUGAUGGACAUACCACGACACAAGAGUAUCGAUAUCGGCGUGGGCCUGGCACGACGGAUGUCCCUGUUCCUUUUCACAAAAAGAACGGUGUGUGUGCAUCCUUACCAUCCUUACACACCACAACAGACCACGAGAAAAAUAUACGUUUUUACUGAAGAAAAAUAGAGGACUUUAUACGUCGUUCUUUUAAUGUUUACGUGGUGUCGAAUUCGAAAAGUGUU